GAUGUUCAUAAUUAGAGCUCAAAACCUAUAAAUUGUGCUUUUGUUCAGUUAGGCUGUUGGAAAAAUCGGCCUGGGCGCUAGGCGGCCGCCUAGGCGGGUCUAGGCGGGUCCUUUUUUUUUUCCUGACUUUAGCUAAAUUAUGAACUCGCUUCAAUUUCUGAUGGCCGCUAUAUGAAAAUUGGCUUUUGAUUAUGUGUUUUGCAUCCUGAAAAGAGAAAGAUGUGGUCGAGAAGUUAUUACUAGAGGGAGCAAUAGAGAUUUUAGCCUGUAAAAAUAGUAUGUAAUUGUUAGGAAUCUGGUUCGGCCUAAGUUGGAUGAGUAAUUGGAAAUCCUGACCGAAUCAGACUUGGGAAUAUACAGACACUGAAACACAUAGUUGGGCUUUGCUUGUUGUCAUAGACCACGUAUGAAGCCACAAUUCACUUCUAAGGUUGACAAGUUUGACUUUGUUGUCUGCAUGAGUGCCUAUAUCGGGGUCGUUUUUGGCAGCGUUGAAAUUGGACUAGUCUUAGCGGUUGCAAUAUCUGUGAUCAGGGUACUUUUGUUUGUGGCAAGGCCAAGGACGUUUGUUCAAGGAAACCUUCUGAAUUCCAUGGUUUACAGAAAUGUUGAGCAGUAUCCCAAUGCAAGCAAUGUUCCUGGAAUUCUCAUACUUGAGAUUGAUGCUCCCAUUUACUUUGCAAAUACCAACUACUUAAGAGAAAGGCACACAGGUUGGAGAGGACUUGAUGAAGGUAUCGUUAUAGUUGGGACUUGCAUGAUUUAAAAGCUACAAUGGCUGGUUGCAUGUCAACCCCAUCCAAAACAAUUAAAUCAAGGAAAAAACACUGUCAGCAGGUCAUCAAACGCCAUAGAAAGGCAACCUGCUCUGCUUCAGAUGGUACCAAGAAAAGAAAUACCAGUUUCAAGAAAAUAAAUAGUGAUGUAGGAGCUCGCGUGAGUGACUAUGCUAUCAGUGAGUUUGUUCAUGUGGACUUUGAGAAUGGUGCAACAACUACUCACAGAAGAUCUAAGGUUUCUAAUUCAACAUUCCAUCUCACCCAGCUGCAAUGGCACCACAGUCAAUAUGAUUCGAAUGUAAUUUUCCAAGAGGAAGUUUGGUUUGACUCAGUGAGUAUUCUGGAGUCUGACUCGGAUGAUGACUUUAUCAGUAUACAUGGAGAUGGUUUUCCAUUAGCAAGCAAUCCAGUUGGGACUAUCUCAAGUGGCCAAGUACUUCAGUACGAAAGAUCUGCUCGCUUUGUUGAUAAUGGGUGUAAGUAUGAAGAAUACCAAAGCUAUAUGAAAAUAGAUACCACCAAUUAGGACAUGAAAAAAAGUCCACGUCCUAAAGGACUCGUUACCGAAUUUCUUCUUUCUCAAAUCUUCCAAUCUCAUCAUCAUCUUCAAUUUCUUCACCACUUCUUAAGUGUAGGAAAUGGGAUUUGUGACCUAGUUAAUUAAUUUCUUCACCACUUUUUUUAGGACAUGAAAAUAGACUUCUUCACCACUUCUUAACCGUAGUUGCAAUAAGAGGAGAGAAGAAACCCCUAAUACCACCAAUUAACUAAUUAGUAAAGUAAGUAACAUCACCCACCAAACCCUAAGUGUACUCUCAAUUACUUGGGCAUCAAGUUUCCUAUACUCUCAACCCUAGUGUACUCUCAAUUCACUUUGUCCUAUCAGGAACUAUUUAAUCCAUCUGGCUCCUUUAAUUGUCUCGCAUGUAUGUCCAAAUCCAAUAAGGAUUCUGAUUAUUUUUACUUUUUUGGAUUCUGUUUUGACUUUUCUGCAAGACGUUGCUCAUUAAUGAGUGGGUUUACAAGCUUUGGCGCCAGAAUUUUUAUCAAUUUACUAUUUGCCCCUGUGGUAACUUUUUUCCCGAGAAAAAAAAAGUUAUUGGCUUUUGUUUUUUUUGACAUAGAAUUUUCUGUCUUUCCUUUAGAAAAAAGAAACGAAAAAGAAAAACAUAUUUUGUCUUUAUUGUAGAAUAGCAAAAAGGGUAAAUUUGCAAGGAAAUGAGGUUCUGUAAUUCAGUCAAAGCAUAAUGGCAAAAGAGUAAAUGCGUUAAACCCUGGUGAAAUGAGGAUUAAAAAGCCCGGUAAGUAAUUCAAAUAUGUCCUUGUGGGUUUGGGAAUAGAUGAAGCUUUUCCUUGAUCAAUAAGGAAAGGGUUGUGCUUAUAAAUUAAUUCUAAGUAGCAUUGAUCAUCUCCAUCUUUGUUUCAGAAAUUAAUUAACUAGGUCAUAAAUCUCAGUUCCUACACUCAAGAAGUGGUGAAGAAAUUGAAGAUGACGAUGAUGAUGAGAUUGGAAGAUUUGAGAAAGAAGAAGUUCGGUAAUGAGUCCUUUAACCAAAUUGUGGCAGAGGUUAAAGCAGUAGCAAGAGACCCAGAAGAAGUAUCCAAACUUCUGACAGAAAGAGUUGUGUUUGAUCUCAUUCAUGAAUUUCAAAGAAAAUCCAAGGAAGCACAACAAUCGAAUGUGUCGAUUUCGAACAAGAGAGAACGCGUGGAAGCCCAAGUUGUGAUCAAGAAGAGGAAGGUGGUUAGCACAGAGACUAAUUAUAAUUACAUUGAUGAAAAAGUUGAUAUUGCUAGAAAUUAUCUUGAGAAAAUUAAGAAGCGAGGUUUCGAAAGCAGGAAAAGGAAACAUGGCGAUGAUUAUGAUGGUGAAGAUGAAGCUAGCAAGUUGAUGAUGAUGAAGAAGAAAAAGCAGAAUAAGGAGAAGGCCAAGAAAGCAGAGAGCAAGGGAUCAGCUCUACCAUCAAAACCCUCUACACCGCCUGACGCGCCUCCUAUAGAAUUGAAGAAGAUGAUUGAAUCCAUGAAUGGUCACCACUUGCAAUUUGUGAUGUAUAAGAUAAUUCAUCCUACUGAUUUGAACCCGCACCAUGACCGUCUCUCGAUGCCAAAGAAUCAACUGUCUAACAAAAAGUUUCUGGGUAAAGAACUCAAGCAAAAAUUGAAAGGUGGUGGAUUAUUAGAAGUGAAAGUAAUAGAUCCGUGUUUAUCAGAGUAUGAAUUAAGGAUGAAGAGGUGGGUCUUUAAAAACAACUAUUCCUAUGUGUUAAACAGUGGCUGGUCCAAGAUUUUUACAGAUAAGACUAAUAACCUUAAGGCAAAGGAUAUGCUUCAGGUGUGGACAUUUCGAGUUUCCGAUCCAAAUCUUGUCGACCAAGAACGUAUCUGCUUCGCACUUGUUAAGCAUAAAGAUGUUAAAGAUCCCCAGGAAGCUAUUGGAUCAUCGUCGUCCAUGAGCAAGAAAGAAGAGGGGAAACAAGAUGUUAAUGGUGGUACUGACAACAUGGAAGCUGUUGGAACGUCGAUGAGCAAGAAAGAAGAUGUUAAUGGUAGCACUGCCCGCGGCGACGAAGCUAAUGAAUCAUCCAUGGCCAAGAACCAGUCUGAGUUUGGAGCCAGGAAACAUAUCACAAUCAAGUUUAGAGAUGUAACAUUUGCAAAAAAUUGAGGCUGCUGUUCCUGUUGUAUAAGACUUGUUAAAUUUGAAGGAGGGAGUUUUAUGUUCA